GAGAACGAGCUUUGUCGAAAUCCUGGCCAUACGCAUGACUACAAUGAGUCGAAAUUCCAUGCUGUAGUCGCAGAAGGUGCCGCUGACAGAAGUCUGCAUAUUUGCAAAGUCUCCACGGUGCUUUCUCAAACACCAACUACCGACCGCGACAAAAAGCAAGCCACACGAUUUUCAUGGCCAUUUUGCUGCAUAAAAUAGCUCAGACAGUAACUUCACCCCUGAUCACUUACCCAAAAUGGUUUUCACAAGUUCCUCAGAUACGUGACGUGAUAUUGUGGCCCGAGAAAAUUGGAGAGUCAAAUUACUUCACAUCAUCAUGUUACAUUACAUUUUCGAAGUUGAAAAGGUGUUGGAAAUCCUUGUCAUUCUACCGGAUGUUCCACUAUCCAAGACAAGUAAAUAAGCAUGUGUUUACUUUCGUCAACGCUGUAAAAUCCUGGUGCUAGUAGCGCAUAGACAUCUCGUCUCCCGAAGAAGAACAAUUAAACUGGAAGGCGGGAUAGCAAUUUUCACGUCGCUGAUUGCCUCUGCGCUUCUCAGCUUCGACUCGCAUUUCUACCAGUUUCGUCUCACUCUCAAGAGUUGAAACUUCAAAUUUAAUGUCGUAUCAUCUUUCGUUGCUCCUAACAAAUAAACUAUUGCAAGAAAGAUGGCUCUUGAAGGCUGCUAUGAGUACUGAGAUUUUGAGAUGUAGCAAGAGUGUAUAGGAAGCUUUUGUUUGUGAGCAAAUGAACCAACUUCGUAGCUUCUUAUGGAGAUUCCCCUGAUCAUACUGCAAUGCAUUGAAGACGACGAUUGGUUUCAGGCUUCAUCCGCAUCAACAUCAACUGUGGUGGUGAGGUUGACACGGACCCAGACACAACCCUGGAGUUGAAGUGGUACAACUGGCUGAACAAGGUGUCACAAUCAACGCUUCUGUAAAUCUCAAUCCAACAGUUGUUCCCGCAAACAAUGCGGAAGGGCUGAAAUACUGCUCUUGCUUUCAACCUGGGCAAUCCUGACCGCAAGGCUUGAUCGAAACUCUAUUACAAAUUGCCCGUGGGUUUCAAUGAAACACAUGAAACAAGACUAAGGCCGAAGGUAAACGUUUCGACGCUCUUGGAGUUCAUCCGCUGUUGGCGGGCUUUCGAAUGCACAGCAUCUUCUCGACGAGCCUAGAAACUUAAGAGACUAAAUUGGGAGCAACACCUCCACAAACUCACAUCUUCGCUCGGUGCAGUCUCCGACGACAAUCAUCUUGUAAGCGAAAAUCCCUUCUUACAUUCUGACCUGGCUCAGAUCUUGCCUGCUCCAAACUCAAGUAGCUUGGAUUGCUUAAACAGAUGAUCACUUCCGAAUUGUUUGCGUCGAUACCGCAUCCCAAAGAUCAACAUGAAGUACGUUGGACUCAUGGAGAUGGAGAAAAGUGCUCUAAACAUCAAUGGUUGUGAUCUCAAAAGCUUGGAGAUGAUCAUUGGUGCCACAAUGAUAGAAAGGGGAUGAUUCUAGUCUUCAUCAAAAGAGAAAUAUCCCUUUCUGACAGGCGUGUAUACCCCGUUCCAUGGUCGUCACCACGUGGUGUCCGAAGCUGAACUCUCUUUUGAUGACCUAACCACGUUCACGAUUUUUUGGGUUAUCUUAGACAGGAUCUGCAGAUUUCUGCCCAGGCUUGAGCCGUGAUAUCUGGGGACUAAUGGCGGGGAACGUCUUGUCUCAAUUAUCUCUGCGACUGAAAUUCGGGAGCAGAAGCACAAUGUGUUGGGUUGGAAUUCUCUCUGGGGUCUUACUCUCGAACCUUAUUCUCUACCCGGUCCUCUCGCAGUCUACUGGGGCUUCUCCAGAAGGAUUCAUAAGCAUCAACUGUGGCGGCUCGAGUGGAGUAGACCCUAUCACCUCACUCCAGUGGAUCACUGAUGACACUCAUCUGCAGUCAUUCAAAAGACUUUCUCAAGAGAAGGUGAUCAUCACCGCCGACGUUUAUUACAACGAGAGCUCACCUAGCGUACCGAAUGACGAACAGUUGAAAACUGCUCUGGUGUUUCUUCCCAUCCGAAAGACACGCUCGAAGUUUUGCUACGACUUGCCAAAUGCAUUUAACGCAACUGAAGGAUCACGAAAUUAUCUUCUUCGAGCAAUGUUUCCCAGCCAAAAUUUGACUCUGAAUGGAACUCCAUUAUCGGGAUAUGCCACUCGGUUCUACCUUACUGUCGACUCCACCUACAUCACCACAAUCGAGCUACUGCCAUCGAUGCCUCAGACAAUCGAGCUGGUCGUCUCUUCAUUAGAUGAAAAAUUUUACGUUUGUCUCGUGCCCUUGGAAGACAAGUCCUCAAUGCCAGCAAUCUCAACUCUGGAGUUGCGUCCGUUCGAUCCAGAAACCUAUGGCAGAACUGGUCAGUCGACAGACAAGCAACAGUCGAGCUAUCUCAUGCUGGUUCAUCGUUUGGACUUCGGAGGAACACUUGACACUGAGUCGCCUCCUAUCAGAUAUCCCGAAGACCCUUUCGAUCGUAUAUGGUCAUCCCCACGAAUUCCCGAUGGAGCGGAGUUUGAGGCUUACAACAGUACCAAAGAUUGGCCUGGGGAUGGCGGGGGCAAUCUUCGCUUCCCUUUUGCAGUUACGAGAUCGAUAUGGAGAGGAAAAAAUUUAUCAUCCUCCAUUAGCUUUGAGGUUGAUGCGAAGAGCGCUAGAGCCCUCCGUCCACUACCAACAUUCUGGUUACAGAUGCUUUUUUCAAACGUAGUUUCUGGAGAUGAGAAUCCUGAUAUAAUCCCCCUUCUAUACGACGGUAAUCGAUCUGUGUUCUUUGCAUGGCGACCGGUUGAGAUACACCCCUAUCCGGAUUAUUUUGGCGCAUACAGCAACGACCAGGUCAUCCAUAGCGAUGCGUAUAGAAUCAAAAUUGCACCAAACGAAUCCACAGAAGCACCUGUUCUGAUAAAUGCAGCCGAGAUUCACGGUGAGUUUCCAGCGGUGGCAGUGAGAACUUCAAAACUUGAGGUGGAUAAUUUCAGGAAUGUUUUUCCCGAUUUCGCAUCAAGUUCUCUAGACACAGCUGGCGAUCCGUGCUUGCCAGUUCCUUGGGACUGGCUAGUUUGUAGUAUCGAGUUGCCCCCUACAAUAACCCAAAUAAACCUUACUGGCAAAGGUGUGGCCGGUGUAUUGCCUAGUGUAUUUGGGAAUUGGAGUCAGUUGACGAUUUUGGAUCUGUCUGAAAACAGUUUCGACGGGGAUUUCCCUGAUUCUAUAGGAGAAAUCCGCACUCUCAGAGAACUGAACUUGGGAUACAACAAGCUGUCUGGAGAACUACCCUUCUUCCGUUCAAAAUCACUUGACAAUCUGGAAAUGCUAUCACUGUCGAGCAAUAUGUUCAAUGGAACACUGGAUUCAUUAAUAGGAGCAUUGGACGAAUCGAUUCAAAACUUAGACCUCAGCAAUAACAAAUUCGUCGGACCCGUACCUGGGAAUAUAGAAGUGCUAGGAAACUUGGAGAAUUUGGAUAUGUCCAACAACCAAUUGACGAGCGAGUUAGCAGUCAACUUCACUAAACUCGGGAAUUUGAAAAAUCUGAACUUGAGCCUUAAUAAUCUGAACGGUACAGUGCCUGACAGCAUCUGGGACACUCGCAGCCUCCGAUCUGUGGAUUUGAGAAACAACAGCUUUGUGGAAUUGAACCUUACAGCAUGGUAUAAGAAAAUUACCGAUGGCAAGAGUUUUGAAAUUCAUAGGGUUCAGCUGCGUUUGGCUGGAAAUCAGAUACGCAGCAUUAUCUCACCGAGCCUUCAAGAUUUAGAGAGUUUAAUACUAGUGCCACCUUCACUAUCUGACCAGCUAUUCUCGAUACAGCAAUACUCUUCACAAACUUUUAUCUUGCUUGGAGAUAAUCCGUGGUGCCUCAAUGAUACUGAGGGAGUGAAUUUAAAGUUCAUCAAAAAAUACAUGUGCCGAUCUAGCGAGCAUGAGAACUUCUGGGCGCCCCCAUCAAACGAUGGUGUCCAAACAGGAGUAGUAAUUGCCGUGGGCGUGGUAUCUGGAAUAAUCGUGUUACUUAUGAGUUGUUUAGUCAUAUUCUUCACAUGGAAAAUGCGAAGAAGCAGUCGUGAACUUCAACAGAUACAAGAAGUUUUAGCAAAAGACAACGUGAAGCCACCAAUUUUCAGCUACCAAGAACUCAAAACCGCGACACACAGUUUCUCUAGUUCCAAUGAGUUAGGAAAAGGUGGAUUUGGCACUGUUUUCAAGGCUGAACUAGCAGAUGGGAGUAUUGUUGCUGUGAAGAGACUCACUCGGACAAAGCAGAGUACGUCCGACUUCUUGAAAGAAAUGGUAAACAUCUCGGGUAUCAAACAUAGACAUCUGAUUCAACUCAAGGGAUGUUGCGUAGGGGAGAAUCAGCAACGGAUGCUGAUUUACGAAUACGCGGAGAACAAGAGCCUCGCAGAAGCCCUGUUUGGUUCAGGUCCUCAAUGUGCGACCUUCUUGAACUGGAAACAACGUUACAACAUAUGCUUGGGAAUAGCCCAUGGACUUGCGUACCUACAUGAAGGAUUGCAGCCGGGUAUGAUUCAUAGAGACAUAAAGCCGGAAAAUAUUCUUCUGGACAAGAAUUACAACGCAAAGAUUGCCGACUUUGGACUCGUCCGGCCCACUAAUGAUUCAAAUGACACUCAAGUCACCAUGAACAUUGGAGGAACGAGGGGCUACUUUUCACCAGAGUAUGCACUAGAAGGCGUCGUAUCCGAGAAACUGGAUGUGUAUAGCUUUGGUGUAGUCUUGCUGGAAAUCGUUGCUGGAAGACAGUGCAUCGAUCUGAAGUUGCCACAGGAACAAAGUAUUCUACGCUCCUGGGCUAUAACUUUGUACACGGAAGGCAAGGUUUUGAACUUGGUCGACAAAAGAUUGGAGGGCGAUUAUGACGAAGAAGAAGUCCUGCUCGUGGUGAACAUGGCUCUGUCUUGUCUGCAAGCAGAUCCCAAGAAACGCGCAACGAUGUCUCAACUGGUGAACGUCCUCAUGAAGAACUCAAAUGCAAGUGUAGCUGUGGACAUCGUCAACGAGCUAAAAUCCCAGACACCAUACUUGUGGAGCAUAUCAGAGGACGAACACUACGUGGAUGCCUAUCCCAGUAGACAAGGCGUUCAAGGAGAAUCAGCCGAACUUGCUUUAAUGUCAUCAUUUGCCGCCGAUUCACAAGCCUCGGUUAUGGUGCCUCGAUAGCACGUACAUGAGCUCAUGCAGUAUCUCAACUUCCUAGAUUAGGUCGUCUGUUCCCUAUGUUCUCUCCAAGAUAUCUCAGUUUACAUUACCUUUGCGUGUGCCCUUGAGACACUGUCGUAGGGAGAUCAGUGUUUACCUUGAACAAGAGUGCAUUUACUUUAUGCUCUGUCUAAUUUCAAGCAACUGCAUUCCGAUCGUGAGUUAUAGAAGGGUCACAUAUUUUAAUACUCCAUGAAAUUUCAAGCAUCUGCAUUAUUUAUUCGUUAAACUUGCUAGUUAGUUGCUAGUUGCUAGCUAGCUACUACUUGUUAAUAUAGAUUCUGGAUUGAAUAUUGCCUCAUACAGAAACCAAACUGAUGUUUGAGAGAAAGAUAGAAAUCUUGAGAUGAUAGUUUAAACAUCUUAAUGUGAAUCGAUUAGCUUUUUUAAAGUCUUCAAAUAUGAAAACAUACCAGUCACCAUUGUAGUCAUUCUUGACCAUGCAAAGACUCCACUCUGGAUGGCAGUAAAAUAU